UCGCGUUUGAUAUCGUCACAAUUAUAAAUGUCACUAAAACAAUAGACAGUGUAAACAUGCUUUUAAUUUGCCUAUUUUUGUGUUCUUUUAAUUAUUUUGUAAGAACAGAUGUUGUAAGAAAUGGCUACCACGAAGCUAUCGGGAUACCGGCGGCUCAUAAGAUAAUGGGUAUGGAGGGGAUCAGCAGAAUCGUAGGGGGCGGACCGGCGGCUACUAUCACCGCGUUUCCCUUUCAGGCAGGUAUCGUCGUGACGUUGACAACUAAAAAGACAUCCGUUUGUGGGGGUGCUUUGAUAUCCAACACCAGAGUCCUCUCUGCAGCGCAUUGCUGGUGGGACGGCGAGAGCCAGGCUUCACAGUUCACCAUUGUUCUGGGUUCUCUUUUGCUAUUCUCUGGAGGAACCAGGAUAGUAACUAAGGAUAUUGUUACUCACCCAAAUUGGAACGUAAACGAUUUGAGGCAUGAUAUCGCUAUGGUGAAGAUAUCCAGAAUUGUAUUUAAUAACAACAUUCGGGCGAUUCCCUUACCAGCAAUGAGUGAUAUACGACAAGAAUUUUCUGGACUUACAGCGACCGCUAGUGGUUAUGGCAAGACGAGAGAUGCCCAGAACAGCUUCCCACCCAGCACCAAUCUUCAUCAUGUAAACAUGGAAAUUCUUACCAACGCUGUUUGUCAGAGAAGUUUUGACAUACCAAUUUACGCAAGCCAAAUGUGCACCAGAGGAGUUCGAGGAAUUGGAACGUGCGAUGGAGAUUCAGGAGGACCUUUGACAGCAAUUUGGAAAAAUCAACGGACUUUGGUGGGGAUAGUAUCUUUUGGAGUGGGUGAUGGCUGCCAGGCCGGUUUCCCAUCCGUCUACACCCGGGUAACAGCGUUUUUACCAUGGAUCCAAAGCAAUAUGUAAACAAAAUAAAAACUAUUGGCAAUACUGAAAUAAAUUUCGAUACAAUUAA